GAAAUCUGAAAACUGAAGCAGGACACAAGAGGGCGCCGUCACAUCCUGAUGAGCAGGGAUGCAGUGGAGGUUAAAGCUCCUCCACUCAGUACAGAGACGAUUAAUGAUAAAAAUACCUGGAGGAAUAAAUCAUUGUGUUAAACUGUUGGUUUAUGAUUUUCACUGACUGGAUGUUUAAAUAUAGUUUUCCCUCCUAUAAUAUAACUGAGGCAUCAAUACACUAUUUAUGACAAUAAACUCAUUUAGUUUUAAUAAAGCUCAAAGCUUGACAAAGCUUAAAUACUUUAUUGGUAUGAUGAGAAAGAAAAGCUGUGUGUGGUUUGAUAAUUACUUAUCAUAAGUCAAAUGUUUAAUAAAAAAAAAUAAAUACAGAUUGAUUUGGAAAUUAUGAGAAAUAUGGAGCAAUUACCAAUCUCAUCUCAUGCUAACAAGUAUUUUACACCGGAAAACACAAAUGGGGAACAGAUUUUAAGAGAGAUUUCAUCAUAAAUGAGGGAACACUGUUUAACAUCACAGUAUUUCUACUCCUGCUAGAAUGAAUCAGCACUUGAUAACUCCUCCUUCUUCUUCCUGCUCUCAAACACGACAAGCUCCAGUCUGUCCACAGAUUUCCUUGUUCCCUCCCCUUAAGAUCUACAGUUUGAAGAUGGGUGUUACCGACGUGUGAUGUAAUACAAGAGCUGUCAGCUGUAUUACAUGCAGAGACAUGCUGCUCAAACUUGUUCAAUUUCUAAGGAAGUGAAAGUCAGACAGUCGUUGCCACUGAGAGCCGAAAUGUCGCAGCAAGGAGAUCAGCUGGACCGAAAAACCUUCUCUUGUUCGGUCUGUUUGGAUCUACUGAAGGAUCCGGUGACUAUUCCCUGUGGACACAGCUACUGCAUGAGCUGUAUUAAAACACACUGGGAUGGAGAGGAUCAGAGGAAGAUGUACAGCUGCCCUCAGUGCAGACAGACCUUCACACCGAGGCCUGUUCUGGUGAAAAGCACCAUGUUGGCAGAUAUAGUGGAGCAGCUGAAGAAGACUGGACUCCAAGCUGCUCCUGCUGAUCACUGCUAUGCUGGACCUGAAGAUGUGGCCUGUGAUGUCUGCACUGGGAGGAAGAUGAAAGCCCUCAAGUCCUGUCUGGUGUGUCUGAUCUCUUACUGUGAGAAACACCUCCAACCUCACUAUGAAUUGCCUGCUUUCGAAAAACACAAGCUGGUCAACCCCUCCAAGAAGCUCCAGGAGAACAUCUGCUCUCGUCAUGAUGAGGUGAUGAAGAUGUUCUGUCGUACUGAUCAGCAGAGUAUCUGUUAUCUCUGCCCUGUGGAUGAACAUAAAGGCCACGACACAGUCUCAGCCGCAGUAGAAAGGACUGAGAGGCAGAGAGAGCUCGAGGUGAGUCGACAAAACAUCCAGCAGAGAAUCCAGGACAGAGAGAAAGAUGUGAAGCUGCUUCAACAGGAGGUGGAGGCCGUCAGUCGCUCUGCUGAUAAAGCAGUGGAGGACAGUGAGAAGAUCUUCACUGAGCUGAUUCGUCUCAUCCAGAAAAGAAGCUCUGAUGUGAAGCAGCAGAUCAGAUCCCAGCAGGAAACUGAAGUGAGUCGAGUCAAAGAGCUUCAGGAGAAGCUGGAGCAGGAGAUCACUGAGCUGAAGAGGAAAGAUGCUGAACUGAAGCAGCUCUCACACACAGAGGAUCACAACCAGUUUCUACACAACUACCCCUCACUGUCACAACUCAGUGAACCUACAGACUCAUCCAGCAUCAAUAUCCGUCCUCUGAGAUACUUUGAGGAUGUGACAGCAGCAGUGUCAGAGGUCAUGGAUCUACUACAGGACAUGCUGAGGGAGAAAUGGAUGAAUAUCUCACUGACAGUGAGUAAUGUGGAUGGUUUACUGUCACAACCAGAACCAAAGACCAGAGCUGGAUUCUUAAAACAUUUCAGAGACAUCACACUGGAUCCAAACACUGCAAACGUACAUCUGUUAUUAUCUGAGGGAAACAGAAAAGUAGAAGCAGCUAAAAACCAGGGUUAUCCUUAUCAUGUAGACAGAUUCAAUUUUUGGUAUCAGGUCCUGAGUAGAGAGAGUCUGACUGGACGUUGUUACUGGGAGGUGGAGUGGAGCGGGAGAGCAGUUUAUGUAGCAGUCGCAUACAAGAAUAUCAGCAGAGCAGGAGGCUCGAAGGAAUGUGGAUUUGGAUUCAAUGACAAAUCUUGGGCUUUAUAUUCUGACAAUAAAAGUUAUGGAUUUUGGUUCGAAGGUAUCAAAACUCCCGUCUCAGGUCCUGGUUCCUCCAGAGUAGGAGUGUAUCUGGAUCACAGAGCAGGUAUUCUGUCCUUCUACAGCGUCUCUGAAACCAUGACUCUCCUCCACAGAGUCCAGACCACAUUCACUCAGCCUCUCUAUGCUGGACUUUGUCCUGUUUAUCAUGGAACCACAGCUGAGUUCUGUAAACUCAAAUAGACAGAAGUCAUUUCAGACUUCAUGUGUCAAAUUCUUUGUUGUAAUUCUUCAUGUUUUUGU